UUUCCUGUUAAGUCGCAGAGUGGAACCAAUCCUUUUAAUGAAAUCUUUGCAGAAGUUGGUCUAUUCUUUUUCGUUUGGAACGAGCCCGGUUUAGUUUAGUGAGCAAUGCAGCAUAGUUGUUUGGGAAGUCGAAAACUUUGAACCGUUUCCCCGGGAGACAAAAAAAGGAAACUUUUGCAGAAAACCGCUAAGCAAUUACCCAGACACACACACCGAUUCAAGCCUUCUUCAACCAAACCAAAGAUUAAAAAAAAAGUCUUCACAAAACGCCAGAGUCAGAGAGCACAGUUCAAAUCUCACCCCUUUCCUUUUCUACUUUAAUAUUAUUAUUUUCCGUUCCCUUUGAAACAACUCAAAGCAUUUACUCCCAACUAGCUAGCUAGACCUAACCCAACUCAGAUUGCAUCAUUUCUAAACGCUUCCUUUUCAUUCUUUUCUGGAACUCCUUCUUCUGUCAUAUUCUCUACUCUCUUAUAUAUUUGCUCUGUGCAAAACCAAAAACCCACUAUUUUUGGUUCAAGGUGGAUAAGAUCUGAAAUAGAUUUUGUUUGAUCUUAGCUAGAAAAAGAAACAAGUUCUCUUGAUGGCAAAUCGUUGGUGGGCAGGUAACGUGCCGGUGAGGCCCAAUGAACAAGACGACGGUGACAACAACCCUACUCCGACCAACAGUGGGAACAGUAACACCAACGUUAACGCGGUUACUGAGGACGAUGCCAACACAAACGACGGCGAGGAUCAGAAUCUAAGUGCCGGGCGGCGGCCGCGUGGCAGGCCACCCGGGUCGAGAAACAAGCCGAAGCCACCAGUGGUGGUAACCAAGGAGAGUCCCAACGCGCUCCACAGCCACAUCCUCGAAAUCAGCGGUGGCAGCGACGUGGCGGAGUGCAUUGCCACCUUCGCCACGCGCCGCCACCGCGGUGUCUCGGUCCUCAGCGGCAGUGGCGUAGUUACCAACGUCACGCUCCGGCAGCCGGCAGCCCCGGGAGGAGUCAUCACCCUCCAGGGGAGGUUUGAGAUUCUCUCCCUCUCCGGUGCGUUUCUGCCGGCGCCGUCGCCGCCGGAAGCCACCGGACUCACCGUGUACCUCGCCGGGGGGGAGGGACAGGUAGUCGGUGGAAGCGUGGUGGGGCCCCUUGUCGCCUCGGGGCCCGUGAUGGUUGUUGCUGCUACUUUCGCUAAUGCCACCUAUGAAAGGUUGCCUUUGGAGGAUGAACAAGGUGAAGAGGACAUGCCAGAUGUGAAUGAAGGUGGGGGUGGUGUAGGAACACCACCACCACCUUCACAAGGUGAACAACAACAGGUUUCAAUGCCGCUGUAUAAUUUGGUGCCUAGUAAUGGUGAUGGGUUUUGGGGGCCUCCACCUCGCCCUCCACCUCCACCUUCUAAUUAUUAAAACCAUGUCCUCACAUCACACUGCAGCGCGAUGUGAGGACAUUGUUUGGUGGGCAAUCUAUGAGUCUUGAUUCAUGCUCUUCUGGUAACUUUUUACUCAAAAAAACUUGUUUACUUUCCACCGCUGAUCUUGCUGACUUGUAUAUGUGCAGUGUGAUCAGACGGUUACUUUGUUUUCGUAGCAACUCAGGUUAGAACAACUUAGCUAGAACGUUUUAAUUUGAAUUUUGAUGAUCAUAUCAUAUCUGUUGCAUGUUAGUAUCUUAAUUUCUUCGGAGAACUUGUUUUGUUGUCUUUGUUAUUGUCUCUUCUGUUUAAUCUACAUAGUUAAUUUGGUUUUGGAAGAGUUCAUUUGGGAAUUUAUUGAAUGAACGGUAGACGUUUUUUUUGUACCAGUACUUCGGAUGGGGUUUGGGAGAUGUGCUGUACACUGCAACUUGUAUAGUUGAACUCUGGAAAAUGAACGAGAACAAUGGUGAUUGAAUUUUUAAGAAAUGUGCAAGGAAAAGUUAAUUUUUUUUGGGG